GAGUACAACUAGCAUUCUCGUUGUAAUAAUUGUACGGGCAGGAUAAACAAUGAUUUGAUGAUGCCCCAAAUGGGAUCAACCUUUAAAGCAUGUCCCAAGCCGAUGUUAGUUACAGACUUACAGGUUUGUUGUCUUCUUUUAUUAUUCGCUAUACAUAGUGUUAAUUAAUUAAUAAGAGGGCAUUGCUUUCCCCCUCCAGCUUUCCUAUUUUCUACCGUAUUUUAAUCGCAGCUAAAUUGAAUUGCUGACACCCUUUUUUGGCAUGAUGAAGUUGUGGCUCUUUUGGAUACCUUAUCAAUUUGAAAUCUUCAAACUGUGUAACUUCUGGAGUUGGCUCUGAGUACAGUGAAAAGAUCAAGAAAAGUUUCACCUCCUUCACAUCCCUCGACUUGAGCUGGUUCACUCAAAUCGAUGAAGUAAAGUGUAUUCCUAUUUCUUUGGGACAUAAUCAUUCCAAAGCCAGACUUCAUUUCCAAAAUUGUGUACAUGUGAUAGGUGACGUGUAUGGACAUUCUCUUGCUCUUUGUGGAUUUCAGUCACCUACCUCAACUAACUUUUCCUACAAGAUAAUCACCAUAAAGAUCUGAUCUUUACGGCCUUUACAUGAUUAAAAAUGGAAAUGCUUCCUGAUGAUUGCUUAAGGCUUAUAUUUCGAUGCCUGGAUUGUGGCUUUGACCGUGAAUCCUUUGGUUUAACCUGCCACCGUUGGCUACAAAUUCAAAAUUCAUCCCGAAGAUCCUUACAGUUUCACUGUUCUCUCAAUCUGCUAAAUUUCUCCUCUCCAGAAAUAUCUCAAUCAAGUAUAAAUGCCUCCCUUUUGUUUAAGUUGCUAAAUCGUUUUCAAAACCUCCAAUCAUUAUGUAUGUCCGGGUGUACCGAUCUGCCUGACUCGGCUUUGACUCUGUUGAAUCAAUAUGGCUCAAGGUUGAAAAGUCUGAACUUAGAUUGCUGUUUUGAAAUCACUUCUAAUGGACUCUCCUUUGUCGCCUCAGGCUGUUCUUCUUCUUUGACUAUUCUCAGUCUUUACCGUUGCAAUAUAACGGAUAUAGGGCUGGAAAUGUUGUCUAAGUCUUGCGUUUCUUUGGAAGAUAUAAAUCUUGUGUAUUGUUACCGAAUAACAGACAGAGGGGUGGAACCUAUUUCGCAAAACUGUCGUCACCUUCGUGCUAUCAGGAUAUCCAACUGUAAGAGCAUUACUGGUAUUGGAUUUCAAGGGUGUCCCCGUACACUAGCAUAUGUGGAGGCAGAUUCGUGUAGGCUUGAACCCGAAGGUGUUAGGGCCCUACUUGGUGGGGGAGGGGUCGAGUAUCUGAGUGUGCUGAACUUGAGCUGGAACAUUCACGGGGAUGGUUUGACUGCAAUAGGGACCGGAUUCGCUUCAAGGCUGAGAGUACUCAACUUUCGUUUCUGCAGAACGAUAGGUGAUGCUACAAUCACAAUGAUCGCUAAGGGUUGUCCAUUACUUCAAGAAUGGAAUCUGUCCUUGUGUCACGAGGUCAGGGUUUUGGGAUGGAGGGCCGUUGGGUCAAACUGUCAUCGGCUGAAGACACUGCAUGUAAACCGGUGCCGUAAUUUGUGCGAUGAGGGUUUGCGUGCCAUUGGGAACGGCUGCAAGAGGUUGUCGAUGUUGUACAUCACCCGUUGUGCCCUGUUGAGUUCCAAAGCCAUAGAGAUCUUUAAGGUUUCAAGAGGUGGUGUGGAGAUAAGUGAAGAUGAGAUUGCAUGUAUUGCACCAAAAGAAGCAUUCAGGUUUUAGUUGGGGAAAUAGAUUACUCACUACAUCAGUGUUAAUGCAGUUAGCUUGUGUUUUAUUUGUUGGAACAUAAUUGAACAUUCUCAUGGAACACAUUAUAUUCUGUCAUAAAAUAAUUAUUGUUAUUAUUAUAAUAUGAUUAUUGUUAUUACUAUUUUAUUUUUAUUAUUAAUGUUAGAAUAUGACUAGUCAAC